AUGAACCGUCUCUUCGGCUCCAAGCCCGCGGGCCCCAAACCCACCCUCAACGGCGCCAUCGGCAACCUCGACACGCGCAUCGCCUCGCUCGACACCAAGCUCAAGGCCCUCAACGGCGAGCUGGGCGCCUACCAGGAGAAGCUGUCCCGCAUGCGCGACGGCCCCGGCAAGCAGGCCAUGAAGCAAAAGGCCCUCAAGGUGCUGCAGCGCCGCAAGGCCUACGAGGCCGAGAAGGAGAAGCUCGAGAGCCAGGUCUGGAACAUGGAGCAGGCCCAGAGCAUGCAGGACAACCUCAAGAACGUCAUGACCCAGGUCGACGCCAUGAAGACCACCAACAAGGAGCUGCGCCGGCAGUACGGCAAGAUUGACAUUGACAAGAUUGAGCGCCUGCAGGACGACAUGGCCGAUCUCCUGGACGUUGGCAACGAGAUCCAAGAGAGCCUGUCCCGGGGCUACGACAUCCCCGACGAGGUCGACGAGACCGAGCUGGACGCUGAACUAGAGGCCUUGGGCAUGGAGGUUGAGAUGGACGCCGAAUUUGGUGGUGCCGUCCCCGGCUUCCUCCAGGACGAGGUCGUGCCCGACUUUGUCGAUGAGCCGCCAGAGACCGAGGCCAAGAUGAAGCAGGUUGCCGGAUGA